UGCUGAUGUAAACACAGCCGUGUCCAGCCCCGUAGCUCUCGUAGCUAUCGUAGCUCCCGUAGCUCCGUGACAGCGGUGACAGCGGCCUCACGGAGCUUAACCCGAACGUGUCCAUCUGUUGGCGGAAGAGCAGGCGCCUGGAGCCCGAGCCGCGGCCAUGGAGCUCUACAUCAGCCUCAAGGUCAAUUUCCGAGGCAACUCCAAGAGCUUCCUGCUGUCGGGCUCCGAGACCAAGAGCUGGGAGUCUCUGGAGGCCAUGAUGAAACGUUCCUUUGGGCUGUGUAGUCUGCAGCUUACCUACUAUGAUGAGGAGAACGAGGAGGAGAUGAUCAACAACCAAGUGGAUUAUGAAGAGGCACUGAAGAGUGCAGCCAAGCAGGGAAACCGGCUGCAGAUCAAUGUGUAUGAGGUGCGAGGACAACAGACCCGUGUGAGCACCACCAAAGCCAGCGCCACCGAACCCAAGAGAGGCUUCAGACCUCCACAACCAUGUCCUGCCCUGGCCCAAGUGGUCAGCCGUAAGGUCCAGGCAGCUGUUCCCGACCAAGGCAUGAUGAUCCUGAAGGAGAUGAAGGGCACCAAAGAAGAAGACAAAACUCCUCCAGCCUGGUUCACAUCCUACAUGGAGAAGUUCAAGGACCAGGUGGUGCGAGAGGCCGUGGAGAAGAUUUGCAGGGAGUUCUCAGGACAGUGCUGCAUCCAUAAACCAGUGGGUGGAGCUACAGCGAGCGGGGCGGCAGCCUCUGGGCGCGGGGAGACUGCGGGAGCAACUGAGCCUCCUAUGGUCCCUGAGGUGUCCUCUUCUGCCCUACCUGGAGUCCCAACCUCUGCCACACCGUCCUGCUCUGCCUGCAGGGGGCAGACCACCGGAGGAGGAUACCAGUGCAGUGUCUGCACUGCCUGCACUCUAUGUGAGCCCUGCAGCUUCUCCCAUGACCCAAGCCACAACCUGGUGAGGGCGCGUACACCUCUGUCCAUCCCCGAGCACGGCUCUCCGGCUCCGGACCACAGCCGGUUUUAUCGUCGUGGAGACCGCAGUUUUCGCAAAGCAGAGAAGCAGCGGCUCAAAGCAGAAAAGCGCCUGCUCAAAGCCGAGGUCAAAGAGAUCCGCAAGCAGCUGAGGAUGGAGAGGCGCGGCAUACAGUGGAGUUCCACCCACCGGGAAGGAUGCUCCUCCCCCGUCCUGCUGCAGCCCCGCGCGACUCAGCACACCAGCCCUGAACGUCCAAAGCGGCCCUGCCCCCUGGCUGUCCCUGCCAUGACCGCCACCUUCCUGGACGAGAACCUGCCCGACGGGACCCGCCUCCGACCGGGCACCAAGUUCAUUAAAUACUGGAAGAUGAGAAACACCGGGAGCGUGGGUUGGACUCAAGAUACCAAGCUGAAGUUUAUGUGGGGGAACCUGGCAGUGGGCUCAGGGGAGCGCUGGAGAGAGGUGUCUGUGCCCUUCCUUCAGCCUGGCCAGGUGGGGGUAGUGAGCGUGGCCCUGUGUGCGCCUCCUGUGGAAGGCUCCUACACAUCCCAUUGGCGCCUGGCUCAUGCUGGGGAGCAGUUUGGGCCCCGGGUGUGGUGCAGCAUCGUGGUUGACCCCCUGGCCCCUGCCCCUGUCAUUGCCGAUGGGAUCCUGGUAUCCCCGUGUGUCACCCCACAGGGCAGGAAUCCCAUCCACAAGGAGAAGCUGUGUGCCGCUGCAGCGCCCCCUCUGCUGUCUGUGGACCAAGAGGAGUACUGCAUCCCCUCAGUGGAGCUGCUCACCGCUCAGGACCUGCUGUCCUUUGAGCUGCUCGACAUCAACAUUGUACAGGAGCUCGAGAGUGUCCCCAACAGCUCACCUGCAGACUGUCCCCUGCAGGACAAAGGUGGUCCUACACUGGGCUUGAUCCAGGAGGAAGCUGAAGUCAUCAACAGCAUCAUGGACAUGACACACACAGCUGCUUCAGGGGCCACAGCUCCAGGGCCAUCUGGGGUCCCAGCGCAGGAGGAGGGCCAGGAGGAUCUAAGCAGCUCUCAAUUUGUGUGUGAAACCGUCAUCCGCUCUAUGCCACUGGAGAAGGUCCCUGAAUCCAGACCUGUCCCAGAGCCCCGGCCAGGAGCCACAGAGGCCCCAGGGGUCAAAGACAGUGCUCACACAGUGCCCUUGUCUUCAGCUGUGAAGAGUCUGAAGAGCCCAGGAACCAGCCCGUCCAAACUCCCAGCCCCUCUUCAGGCUCUGUCUGUGGUCCCCGCUCUUGCUGUGGGCCCCUGCUCUGCUCAGGGGCCCCGCUCUGUGCCCACCCACCUACAGGCCCCAGCCACAGCUGCAGAUGAGGGGGGCCAGUGCACUAUGAAGAGCCUCUGUCUGGGGCCCACACAGGGGCACCAGCACACUGACAGGACCAGAAGCCGCUCCUCCUCCACCUCCUCAGAGGACUAUAUCAUCGUCCUACCUGACUGCUUCGACACCAGCCGACCCCUGGGGGACUCCAUGUACAGCUCUGCUCUGUCACAGCCUGGAGAUGUUCCUGCUAGAACCCCCACUGACCCCUCUGCUGAUGCCUCAGCUGACUCCUCUGCUGACCAGUUUGCUGACCCAUCCGCUGACCCUCCUGGUCCCUCUGCUGUCUCUGGGGCCCCUGACAGAGGCCCGUCCCCCAGCAGUGCUAACGACAUGCUGUGCACCUCCCAGACACUGGACCAGGAGCCACUGACUCCAGAGGUGGUGGCUCCCCCUAUGGCUCCCAGGUCGGACAGCCCUGAUGCAACUGAGCCUCAGAGCGCUGCUGCAGACAGGGACAUAGAGGACUGUGAUGCACCGGACACUCCCCAGGUCUCUAACUCUGGCCAGGAUCAGGUUGAUGGAAGAGAACCUUCUAUAGAGCCAGAGCAGGAGCCUUCAGAAGAUCCCAGCGACACAGGGCUGACUAGUGGGCUGGUCAAAGGAGCACUGUCUGUGGCAGCAUCUGCUUACAAGGCUCUGUUCACCGGACAGGGCCCCCCUCAGCCGCCAGUGGACGCCUCCUCGCAGGACGCCAUGCUUUCUGUCCUGCAGGAGAUGGGCUUCAGGGACCGUGUUCUGAACCAGCGGCUACUUCUCAAACACACCUACAAUCUGCUGGACGUGGUCAAUGAACUGGUGCAUCUGACUGAAGCUGAAUACUGACCCCUGACCAUGGCUCAGGCACAGCCCAGACACGCCCCAGGCACUCUCACCCACCAGGCUCCACUUUCUAACAGCAACCAAUCAGAAGUUAGUUCAGCCUUCCCGCAAUGCCUGUAUCAAACUGAUGAAGAGGAAGAGAAAGAAGAGGGAGUUAGCGACACUCUUUACUGUAACUAAGAUUCCUUUAGAGACCAAAAUAUGCCCAACUCUUAGAUCAUUAUUUUGUAUUAACAGUAUUUGACUGUUAUUUGAAGUUAAAGAGGGGGUAUUAUGCAAAAUCAACUUUUUGGAGCUUUCUACCAUGUUAUAAUGUUGUUCCCUCAUCAAAAACAUGCUUAUUGUAUCCUAGUCUUCGUUAACAUACAAAAGCAAGAUACAAUACACUACAACUUGACAAACCUAAUGCAAUUUGCAGUAGUUUCAUUAGCAGGAUGUACAGUGAUUGUGUUGCAAUAGCACUCUGAAGAGGAAAUCACUAAGGGAGCAAAAGAUGGAGGGGACUGAAACUUAUUAAACAUUUUAAUACAUUAUUUUCAACAAAUAUAUCAUUUUGAGACAAUAAAAGGUAACAUGGUGAUCUAAAUAUGUGUUAGCAGUUAAUACCCCACAGAAGUAAAAUACCCCCUCUUUAAUUUAUUGCAUUGUCAGUUUUUCCUUUACCACUGACAGAGGAGCACGAUUCCACCUGAAAGUCAUUC